AUGUCUGCCGCUACCUUGGAUCUAACCGCGCCAAACGGCACCAAGAUCAGCCUCCCCACUGGUCUCUUCAUUAACAAUGAGUUUGUCAAAGGAAACAGCGAUUCUAAGAUCACAGCCAUCAACCCAAGCAACGAGUCUGAAAUUGCCUCAGUUGAGGCAGCAUCAGCCGACGAUGUUGACAGGGCCGUGAAAGCAGCCCGCGCAGCACUGAACGCUCCCGGAUGGGGGGACAUCUCCAACACCGACCGCGGUCGGCUCAUGUUUAAGCUUGCCGAUCUUGUUGAGAAACAUGAAGCGGCGUUGGCGACUCUUGAGACUUGGAAUGGCGGCAAACCCUACAAUGUUGCUCUUGGCGAGGACGUCGCUGAGACAAUCGCCACUCUCCGCUACUACGCUGGCUGGGCAGACAAGAUCCACGGCGAGACAAUCCCAACUACACCCAAAAAGUUUGCUUACACAUUGAAACAACCUAUUGGAGUGUGUGCCUCGAUCAUCCCCUGGAACUACCCAAUCAUGAUGGCGGCUUGGAAGCUGGGCCCGGCGUUGGCAUGCGGCAACACCGUUAUUAUGAAGCCUGCUGAGCAAACGCCUCUCUCAAUCUUGUACUUCGCGAACCUGGUGAAGGAAGCUGGGUUUCCUGCUGGUGUCAUCAACAUUGUGAAUGGCUUCGGGAGGGAAGCUGGCCAUGCACUGGCUUCUCAUCCUGACGUCGACAAGGUUGCCUUCACCGGCUCCACGACAACUGGACGUCAGAUCAUGAAGGCAGCUAGUGCCAACAUCAAAAACAUCACUCUCGAGACGGGCGGAAAGUCACCUCUUCUGGUCUUCAAGGACGCCGAUCUCGAUCAAGCCGCCAAGUGGGGACACGUCGGAAUCAUGAGCAACCAGGGUCAGAUUUGCACAUCCACGUCCAGAAUCUUGGUCCAAGAAGAGGUCUACCAGGAUUAUGUGUCUCGCUUCAAGAAAAUCUGCCUGGAGAAUAAGGUCGGCGACCCCUUCGACGAUGACACGUUCCAGGGCCCUCAGAUCACCAAGGCGCAGUAUGAGAAGAUCCUUAGCUACAUACAGGCCGGCAAGGAUGAAGGCGCUAGCCUGGUGACUGGCGGUGUUCCGUACAAGAACGUCGGCGAUGGCAAGGGAUUUUUUAUCGAACCCACUGUCUUCUCUGAUGUGAAGAAGGACAUGCGAAUCUUCCAAGAGGAAGUUUUUGGCCCAUUCGUUGCCAUAACCCCGUUCAAGACGGAAGAAGAGGCCGUUUCUUUGGCAAACAAUACUUCCUAUGGACUCGGUGCGGCGCUAUUUUCCAGGGAUAUUGAGCGAUGCCAUCGCGUCGCCGCUCGUCUAGAGUCGGGCAUGGUCUGGAUUAAUAGCUCCAAUGACUCGGACAUCCGUGUUCCAUUCGGUGGUGUUAAGCAGAGUGGCAUCGGUCGUGAACUGGGAGAAGCUGGCCUUGCCGCCUACUCGCAGACAAAGGCUGUGCAUGUUAACUUGGGUUAUGUACUAUAA